AUGUCGCUCGCUUCAACGGGCUGGGCCGCAGAUACGGGCUGGGAAAAAAUCGUCUUUACGGAUGAGAAGCUGUUUACCGUUGAACAAGCUCACAAUCAUCAAAACGACAGAAAUUGGUCUACAGAAGCCCCUGGACCUUCGUCUAUUGUUAAACAUUGUCAAAAUCCGCGAUCUGUCAUGGUAUGGGGUGGAAUUUGCGCCAGUGGCAAGACUCCUCUAAUUUUCAUAGACCAAGGAGUCAAAAUCAAUAAAGAAGUUUACCGUCGAGACAUAUUAGAAGCACCUGGUCCCAGCAGCACUUUGGAAUGGCCACCCUACUCACCGGAUCUGAAUCCGCUAGAUUACAGAGUAUGGUCGAUUUUGAAAGCAAGGGCCUGUGCAAAACGCCACAAGACUUUGGAAUCCCUCAAGCAAGCGUUGCGUCGAGAGUGGGAUCGCAUAACGGUAGACGAACUACGGCCAAUAGCCCAGAAUAUUUUGAAACGUUUGAGUUUGCGUAUUCGUGCUAAAGGUGGCCACUUCGAAACUGGCUGA